AUAACAAAAUAAAUUGGCAACUGCUAUGUGGUUUCGAAAUAGAUAUAAUUAUAAAGAACAUAGUCGCUAACGAACGCCAAUGAUAUGUGACUAUCAUAACCUAUAAAUUGUUUUGACAGAUAACCAAACGUCAGUUGUAGAUUUAUCACGGUAGGGACUGCGCGCAAUCAAUAUAAUCAUGGUACACUUAUUGGAGCAAGAUUUUGGUACAUUUAAAAACGAAACAGUGAAGAAGUACACAUGGCAAACAAAGAGCGGAUUCAAAGUUGCCGUUAUUUCUUACGGCGCUACUAUUCAAUCUAUUUUGGUACCUGAUAAAAUAGGUGAAUUAAACGAUGUAGUGCUUGGAUUUGACGAUCUGAAUGGUUACGUGGAAAGAAACACGCCGUAUCUCGGAGCGACUGUUGGUAGAAGUGCCAACAGAAUUAGUGACGCUAACUUUCAGAUAGAUGGCGUUGAAUACCAACUGGCAAAGAACGUUUCAGAUCACGAUCAUUUACACGGAGGACUGGUUGGUUUUGAUAAGGUUAACUGGAAUUCAGUAGUAGACGGUACUAAAGUUAUAUUUAGUUAUUUAUCAAAAGACGGCGAAGAAGGUUACCCGGGAGACUUGAUAACGAACGUCAUUUAUGACGUCACGGACGAUGACGUCAUACACGUCCAGUUUAUAUCGACAACAACAAAGAAAACGGUCAUAAACCUCACGAAUCAUUCGUAUUUCAAUUUAGCAGGACAUGACACUGGUGCGGAGGAAAUUUACAACCAUGUGAUAUUAAUUAACGCAGAUAAGAUAACUGAAACCACUCCAUUGUCGAUACCAACCGGUGGGUUCGUCAACGUCGGCGGCACUCCCUUCGAUCUUCGUGUCCCGGUACGUCUCGGUGACGUCAUGAAGCAAGGACAAAACUUGUUUGACGAUAACUUCUGUAUUAACACAUAUGGGAAUAAGGAUUUAAACUUCGUGUCUCGAGUAAGUCAUGCUAAGUCGGGACGUUAUCUAGAAGUAUACAGUAACCAGGUAGGUGUUCAGCUGUAUACUGCUAACUUCCUGCCGCGCCCUGAUGAGGAAGCCCUGGUGGGGAAGUCAGGAGUUGGGUAUAGAAGACAUGGCGCCUUCUGCUUGGAGACGCAGAACUAUCCUGAUGCUGUACAUCAUCCUAAUUUCCCAUCUCCAGUACUGAAGCCGGGAGAUAUUUAUAAUCAUAAAGUAACUUAUAAAUUUGGUGUUGAGAAAUAUAAUGUACCUCAAGUUUUUAGCGCUUAGAAAGUUUUUGUUUUUUUUUUUUAAUUUUUCUAAUGUAUUUUUUUGAAUAUUUUUUUUAAACUGUGCUGCACAAUAUAUAAUUAUGAAGAUAUUUUGAGGACCAUCAAGAGUCGGUUUUAAUUAUUUUUU